ACGCCGUCCCUGCCCGCCGCCCGCCGCCCCCCGCCCGCCGGCUCCGAGCCUCAGUCGGCGCCCAGCAUCCCGCGGCCCCGGACCCUCCGCGGGCGCGCCCCGGGCUCCACUCAGGCGCAGGACUGCAGGUGGACGUCGCCACUGCCCAGGAAUCGUUGCGUGUGGACGGGACAGCCUCCGCGGAAGGCCGGCGCUACCGGAGUCCCCCUCGGCAUGGGCCUUGCCGUUGAGGGAGCCCCGAGGUCUGUGCUGGUCUGAGGGCGCUGCCCGUCAUGGGGGCAGCCAUCUCCCAGGGCGCCCUCAUCGCCAUCGUCUGCAACGGCCUCGUAGGCUUCUUGCUGCUGCUGCUCUGGGUCAUUCUCUGCUGGGCCUGCCACUCCCGCUCUGCUGACAUCGACUCCCUCUCCGAAUCCAGUCCCAACUCCAGCCCUGGCCCCUGUCCCGAGAAGGCGCCCCCGCCCCAGAAGCCCAGCCAUGAAGGCAGCUACCUGCUGCAGCCCUGAAGUCCCCGGGCCUAGCCUGGAGUCUGGGACCUAAGUCCAGCCCCCACCCAGAGCCUGGAAUCAGGAUUCCAGGGUCCGGCCAGCCUGGGGUUCAGAACUCAGAGAACAGCCUGUCUGGAGCUGGACCCAGCACCCAGAGUCUAGCCAGCCUGGCUCCAAGAGGGGCUCUGGUGGCCCCAGGUAGACAGGUCUGGGGCGGGGGUUCAUGAGUUGGUGCUAGGGCUGGGGCCAUCUGAACUCUGCUCCAUUCCAAGGGCCAGGGGGUGUCCACCCUCUCCCUAGGCCAGUCGCCUCUAGGCCUUCAAGGUUGGGGAAGCAAACUGGAAUCCAUGGCAAUAAUGGGAGGGUGUCCAGGCUGGGCCCCUCCUCUGGUCCUCCCACUGUUUGUUGGGUAAUAAAUGGAACUAUGGCUCUAC